CUUACUCCACAAUUUUCAGAAGUGCUCCACACCGAAAAGGAAUGUUCUACUAUUAAUAGCAGCGCGUCAAGCGGCGCUAUUACUCACCCAUUUGCCUACAAAUUCGACAACACUGGCCGCAGCUGUUGAUGAGAUAGGGGCAGCGCACAAAAACGAAAAAAAAAAAACAAGUUUCCGUCUGCAAAUUAAAUUUUAAUAGUGUUUCUUAAAAAAUAAGUGAAUUGCUGCAAAUAACAUUAAAAAUGUCCAAACUACUGGGUGUGCCACUGAAGAAGCCGUCUGAGGUGGACAUAAUAAAGCCACUGAACAAUCUAAUACAAAGCACCUACAAUGGAGCUAGUGCCGAGGAGAAGGCGCAGUAUGCAGAGGCUGUAAAUGAAUUUUCAAAGCAACGCAAUACAGCAAUUUGGAAGUUUUUCGAAAAGUAUGAGACAUCGCUGGAAAUCGUUUAUGCCUACUACGAUCAAAUAACCGCAUUGGAAACAAAGAUAUCCGCCAGUGAGCUGCAGAUACCAUUCAAGUGGAAGGAUGCCUUCGAUAAGGGUUCCAUUUUCGGAGGCAAGAUCAGUCUGACUCAUACCUCGCUGCAGUACGAGAAGGUAUGCGUGCUCUUCAACAUUGCUGCUUUGCAGAGCAGCGUGGCUGCCAGUCAGGAAUUGGACACGGACGAAGGUCUCAAACUGGCCAUAAAACUGUUGCAGCAGAGCGCUGGCAUAUACCAGUACUUGAAGGGUGCCACGCCCGCAGCUGUGCCCUCUGAACCGACUCCAGAUUUGAGUCAGGAUACACUAAUUGUGCUGCAGGCCUUGAUGAUAGCACAGGCCCAAGAAGUGUUUAUACUGAAGGCUAUUAAAGACAAUAUGAAGGACCAAAUCAUAGCUAAACUGUGCUGCCAGGGCGAGGAGUUCUAUGCCGAUGUGCUGCGUGCCAUGCAAAAGGAGUCGGUGCGCAGUCUUUGGGAGAAAGAAUGGAUACCCACAGUGGCUGGCAAGCAGGCGGGCUUCCAUGCCCUAACUCAGUUGUACCAGAGCCUUGUGUGUCGCUCGGCCAAGAGGAUUGGCGAAGAAAUUGCCCGUCUGCGCAAUGCCGUCGAACUGUUCAAAGCAGCGCAAUCCCGCGGCGGCAACGAUACCUAUCUGGAUGAGUACUUUAGUCGCGCUAAACGCAAUCUCGCCGAGUCUACCAAGGACAAUGAGUUUAUUUACAAUGAAAUGAUACCAGAGCUGAGCUCAUUGGCCUCGCCCGGAAAAGCGCAACUGGCCAAGCCGCUGCCUUUGGCCGCGCCAAUGGCUACAAACUUCAAGGACAUCUUCAGCAGUCUGGUACCCGUUGAGUUGCAUCGUGCGCUGACCGCUUCUGAUAUGCGCAAGAACGAGAUUGUCAAUACUGAAAUCAUGAAGCUGCGCGAGUCUACCCAAACCCUGAAUGCGGUGUUGGCUAGCCUAAAUCUGCCCGCUGCCGUGGAGACGACAGAUGCCAAUAGCGGCUUACCGCCAUCGUUGCGCGAAAAGGCUAACGAGGUGCGUGAGAAGGGCGGAAUAGAGCAUUUGCAGACAAUGCUAAAGGAUUUGCCGGAGCUGCUCAAUCGCAACCGAGAGAUCUUGGAUGAAACAGAACGGCUGCUGGAUGAGGAGCGAGACUCGGAUAAUCAGCUGCGCGCACAGUUCAAAGAGCGCUGGACACGCAUCAGCUCUGACAAGUUAACCGAAAUGUUUCGUACCAAUUCCAAGAAAUACCGCGAGGUCAUCACCAAUGCCAUCGAGGCCGAUAAGGUGGUUCGCCAGAAGUUCGAAGCCAACCAGAAGGGUAUUGAGCUGCUCUCAAUGCCGCCGGAACAAAUACAGCAAUCGCUGCCAUCGGCUAGCGGCAGUGUGGAUCCCAACUGUUCCAGUGUGCAGCGUCUCAAGCAUCUAAUGGAAGCUGUUGAGACAAUCAAGGCAGAGCGUGAUGCUGUUGAAUCGGAGCUAAAGUCGGCCACAUUCAAUAUGAAGGAUGACUUUCUCCUUGCUCUGCAAAAGGAUGGUGCCAUCGAUGAGCCAGCCCUGUCGCUGUCACGCAUUGGUCAGGUGCUAAGCCCAUUGCAGGCUCAGGUUAAGGAAAGUGUGGAGCGCCAAACAACGUUAGUCGCUGACAUACAGAGCGCCCAUGGCACCUUCGUAGCCGAAACAGGCACCUGUGGCAGCUCUCGCGAUACACUGUACCAGGAGCUGGCCACCGCCUACGACAGCUAUAUCGAGCUAUCUGGCAAUCUGCAGGAGGGCACCAAGUUCUACAAUGACCUCACCCAGUUGUUGGUUGUGUUUCAGAAUAAGAUCAGCGAUUUUGUGUUUGCACGUAAGACCGAAAAGGAGGAACUCCUCAAGGACUUGACCACCGAAUCGAGUCGCCAGGCACCGCCGGCUACACCGGCUCUGCCAUCACAUUAUGCCUCCACGUCGGGCAGCGGCAGCGAUAUUCCAAAUGUGCCUGCAACAGCUGCUGCUUCGAAUGCUCCGUAUCCAGCUCAGGUGCAUAUGCCCCUGCCUUAUGGGGCCUCGGCAAAUGUGCCGUAUCCUACAUAUGUACCACCGCCCAUGCCACAGAGCUUCAAUCCCUAUGCCACUCUGCCAUAUCCAGGCGCACCCUAUCAGUAUGGUGGCUUCCCUCAGGGACCGGCACCCGGAAACUAUGGCACAUAUCCCGGAAGUUUUGCUCAUCAACAUGGCGGCUAUCCCAACCAGAAGCCACCCGGCUGGUAAACUGGC